AUGUUAGACAGAAACAUAUGGGGCGGUACUUUUGAAGUUAACCCGAAAACUCCAUCGGACGACGACGAGCGCGAGAUAGAGUAUGACAGGGCAGCGUAUCGGGGGCAAUCGGAGGAGCAGGUAAAGCAGAGUUGGCUGUUGAGACCUGACAGAGAAACUGAGAGGAGAAAAAAGAGGGUGAGUUAUGUGAAUUGCAUGAUGGUUAGGACUCUCUUGGUUGGGGUGGUAGUCUCUGGAUUUGUUGCGCUUAUUGUCGUCGUCGCUACCAAAAAUGGUCGCCGAAAGCAUCUGGCUCCUGGCCCUGACAACUACACUAUUGCACUUCACCAAGUGCUUUUGUUCUUCAAUGCUCAGAGAUCAGGAAAACUUCCCAAGCAAAAUAACAUUUCAUGGAGAGGAGACUCCUGCCUGAAAGAUGAAAUUCCCGGCGGCUACUACGACGCCGGUAACGCUAUCAAGUACACCCUCCCUACAUCCUUCGCCAUGACACUUUUAAGUUGGAGUGUAAUCGAGUACAGUUCAAAAUACGAAGCCAUUGGAGAGCUCGAUCAUGUCAAAGACAUCAUCAAAUGGGGAACUGAUUAUCUUCUCAAAACCUUCAAAUCCACUAAUAAAACAAUCCACAGUAUCGCUACACAAGUUGGCGGAGACCAUGAUCAAUAUUGCUGGAUGAGACCGGAGGAUAUCGACGCCGAUGUUAACUACCCCCGCCGCGCUACUUGGUGUGAUAACUGCCCCGCCGUGGCAGCUGAAACAGCGGCUGCAUUAGCCGCUGCGUCCAUUGUAUUUAAAGAUAGCCAAGAUUAUUCAGGAAAACUCGUUUAUAGUGCUGAGAAAUUAUUCAUGUUCGCUACUAAAGGUCAAAAUGAGAAAUAUUCAGGAAAUCCAGACCCUUCAUCCAAAAACUAUAAUUCCAGUGGCUUCUGGGAUGAAUUUGUUUGGGGUGGCGCGUGGCUGUAUAUCGCAACCGGAAAUUUAACUUAUCUUCAACUCGCCACCUCCACUAACCUUGCCGGAAAAGACCACGGUUUCUCAGGUGGUCCGAAUCGCGGUGUACUCAGUUGGAACAAUAAACAUUCCGGUGCGGAGUUGCUUCUAACCCGUAUGAGAAUUUUCUUGGGCUAUGGUUACCCGUUUGAAGAAACUUUACAUGCAUUUCAAAACCAAGUCGACGGUAUAAUGUGCUCUUACCUGCCGGAUUUUUCCAAUUUCAAUAGAACUAAAGGCGGAUUAAUCCAACUAAACCACGCGCGGCCGCGGCCACUUCAGUAUGCGGCUAAUGCAGCUUUCAUGGCUAUUCUUUACAGUGACUAUCUUGAAGCUAAUUUGGUACCAGGUUGGCGAUGCGGACCCAAAUUUUACCCGAAUCAAGCUUUACGCGAUUUUGCAGUGAGCCAAAUUGAUUAUAUUCUAGGUAAAAAUCCUCUUAAUAUGAGCUACAUUGUUGGAUAUGGAAAGAAUUUUCCCCGGCGAGUUCAUCAUCGGGGUGCUUCAAUUCCGAACAAUAAGGUCAGGUAUGGGUGUAAAGAGGGAUGGAAAUGGCAGGGCAGUGGAAGGUCCGACCCGAAUAUUAUAAUCGGCGCCAUGGUUGCUGGUCCGGGUAGAGAGGAUGAGUUUCAGGAUAUUCGUUAUAAUUAUAAUUACACAGAGCCUACCAUCGUUGGAAAUGCAGGUGUUAUUACUGCACUUGUAGCUUUGACAGGUGGAAAGAGUUCUAAAAUUGAUAAAAACACCAUGUUUUCUGCAAUUCCGCCGUUGUAUGCAUUUGACCAAUCACCUCCGCCGCCGUGGAAACCAUGA